AAUGACUGCCCAUGACUGACCUUUGAACAGCACAAUGACUGAUCAACAAUGAUACUUAGUUAUUUAAUCAUAGAGAAGUAAACAGACAAAGAGGUCGUAAUUUAUACUUUGAAAUUAUUUAAGUAUUCUGUAAAUUGACCACCUGGCAUGGUCUUAUCUUUUAUCGAAAUAUAAUUGUUGCAAUGAAAUGACCUAUUUCUGAAAUUAGCGUAUCAUUUCAAAUCAAAAUGUAUUGGUCAUGUGCACAGCAUAGGGUGUAAACCGGCAAUAGGUUUGAUAUCGAAACUAGCUAUAGCUAUAGGGAAUCAUUAGGCUAAUAUUCUAGCGAUUUAACGAAAAUGUUAUCUUUCAUUACUUCGUUUCUUCCGAGUUUACCUGGAUGGCUGACGCUGGAUGCAAACCCCCUGGACAAUCUACUCCAAGGUGAGAUUUUUGUGUCGUUCUAGGCUACUCCGGGUAAAACGGCCUUCUCCUUUCUUGGUUUGUGCGGAAUGCCUGUUUGCAGGUUGCCACUCAUGCUGUACGUUUAUUUUAAGAACCAUAUUUUAUAAUACAAUUUUGUUGAUGACAGGUGACCAAAUGUUUUGUGUGACAUACAGGACUUGUCGGUGCAUGUGGGAUCUCUGUUCUCUGUAACCUGUUGAGAGUACACUUAUUCUUAGAGGCUGAAAGGUGAGAAACGUAUACACAUGUGGACACCUCCCAAAAUAUGACAUGGGAAGAUAUGAUUUCACUUGGGUCUCAAUAACAAGAAGUGUAGCCUAUCAUACCUUUUUAAUGACAUGGUAGUUAGGCAACUUCAGUAUGUAGGUUAGGCUACAUUGUUAGUUGUAAUAGCAUUUGAUAAAUAAACAAACUAAUUGAUUGUUGCUAUACCUCCUCUUGCCCUAUAAUUAUAAUCUGAAUGCAAUUACCAUGUAAUAGACAGGGACACUUAAAAACACAUAUAGAAGAUGUGGAUGUAGAUAACUAACCUUUCACCAACUAAGGCCUCUUGAUGUACAGUUUUAAUAAUUUGUGCUAUUGAAUAUUGUGCUUGAUUUCGUCACUAUGAACAAAGACUGUGAUACGAUUUACAUUGUCAAUAGUAAUCAAUGUAUCCUUAGAAAUCAUUGUUUUUGUAUUUCACUGCCUUGAAAUGAAUACUUUCUCUACUCAGUUCAAGCAACAAAAGCAGAAGUAAAGAGACAUCUAUGCAGAAGACACCAAGGCAUCAAGCCAGUGCUAAAAUUGGGCUGAGUGGAACUCUCCAGUUCUUGUUCCUGUCAGUGAUGCUGGCUGUAGUGGGCUCUCGGGUUGCCUCCCUGGUGGUUCUAGAGUUCUCCCUCAGAGCAGUGUCAGCUUGGGUCACAGCUGGACCAGUGAGGCGCUUGCAUGAUAAUAACAUAAAUAUCACUUAGAAUUAUGAAAAUCUCUCUCACAUCUCCCAUUCAUCAGCCUUGAUUCACCUCUAAUUUAAUAUUCCUCCUGCUCUCUGAAUCUGCAGGAGUCCAGUCGGUUCCUACAGCAGCUGCUUGUCCAGUGCCAGUUCUCCCUGGGCUGUGCUCUCAGCUGCAGUCUCCAUUUCCUCCACGAGGGGGCGCCGCAGCGCUGGCUCUGCCUCCUCCUAGCUGCAGGACUGAGCUGGUUCCUGGCCAGCCAGACUGGGCGCCUACGGCUCCAUGUUAUGGCACUGUACAAACUACACAGUUCCCAGCACUACUGUGGAGUGUGCAUUGCACUGCUCACAUCAGGUUGCUCUCUGUUACCAUGCCUUACCAGGGCCCUUAUGUUCAGCUUUGCAGUGGCUGCCAUUUCCGCCAUAUCUAUAAUCAACAAACAUUUCCUCUCAGCUACAGAGGCCCUCAGGUUCUGGACUCCACUGACAAUCUGCUACACACUGCUGGUGGUGUAUAUGCAGGGUGAGAGACUGAACAUACAGUAUCCUGCAUUGGCAAACGUUUAAGCACCAGAUUGUCAGAUACUAUUUGGGUAUUUUGUAAAUAGCACAAAACAAGUAAAUGACAAGCAUAGUGUUGUCAUUCUCAUUGAGAAAGCGUUCAACUGAUGAUCAUUAUUUUCUACUCAGAGGAGCAACAUCGCCAGCCAAGUGGCCAAGCUGUUAUAAACACAGUGGUGGUGCGUCUGGGGGGGCUCAUGGUCCUGAUGCUGACUGUCGGCCGCUGGGCAGAUGUGCUUCAUAUCCUUCUGUGCUUCCUGGGUGAGGCUGGCUGUCUGAUACCCUCCAGAGACCUGUUGGAUGCUACAACACAGGUGAGAAUGAUUCUCCUUCAAUUGACCGUGCUAUUCCAUGUUGCCCUACGUUCAUCAAUCUAUGUAAAUAUUUCUGUCAUUUUAAUUUCUAAAACAUAAUAUAAAUGUGUGUUUGUAUGCAGGAUAUGGAGGAAGUUCCCAGACAUUCCCAGGGAAGUGAGAACCGGAGGAGACACCUGACACCUGGCAAAGACCACCAGAGUUAAUCGUAAUGGGAAGAAACUAUUCGUGCUGUCGAUCUUUCUUAAGCAAUAGUCUAUUAUUAUAUUCUAUGAUUAUAAUCAUAUAAAUUAUUGACAACAGUGUUGACUUUUAUACCUAGGGAGUAUAUAAUGAAAAUAAUAAAAAUUUAUUAUGACACAUCUACUAACCUUUUCAAUAAGGUACCUUGCAAUAAUGUUAAUUUCACAUAGAAAUCCAUGCAGAGCUCUUGGGAGAUAGGAAUGAUGCUCUUGCCUUUGUUUUCAAAUGUCACUGCCAUUAAAAUUGAGCCAGAAGAUGUUUAGAAUGCACAGAUGGGACCUUAUCAGCCCUGAACUAAUGUAACAAAUGCUGCUUUAGUGUAAAGCAUUGGUUAAGGCUACAUCAUCUGAUGUAACAGUAGCAGCUGCUGUAACAGUAUCAGUUGACACCAGAGAUGUGAUCAUAAUCUCCUGAACACAGGAAUUUUAUGGUAUACAAUUUCCUCGACUUUCUUUGGUUAGAUUGUAUUUCAUCACAGGCAGGCUCUCCAGCGCAGGCUAUGUCAUAUUAUGUUAUAUUCAUGUGAACCAUGCCAACACAUUUUGAAAAGAAGCUUGUACAAAAUGGCUGAAGCAUAAUGUUGGCACUUGUAAGUCACACAAAAUGGCGUUAUACAAAGUGACUUUACAGGCUAUUUUCAGAAAAGAGGAACAAACCAAUCCCAUAACUCACUGCAUAGAAAGUGUAACAUCUAAUAGUUUGAAUUCUGAUAGUUUUUUUAUUGAGUGUCUUCAGACAAGUAUGUGUAUGAAUAAAUUGACAAUAAUUACAUCGAAUAUACCUAAACACUAAAAUGUCAAUUAUGCCUCCCACGAAAAUACUAUUCGG